GGGUUGGACCGUAGCAUCGCACCUAUUAGGUAUUAGGUAUGGACUCCUCCAUGUCUCCCUCUUCUUCCAGCGGUUCCUCUUCCCGUCCGUGUCCGGAAGCGAUGAUGGAGCGGCUCAAAUCCCAGCUCGAGGUAGCGUACGCCGAGGAGUUCCUUCAGAAUGUGGAAAAGAAGUGCUACCUGAAGUGCAUAACAAAACCUGGAACAAGCAUGAGUGGGAGUGACAGCAGUUGCAUCUCUAGGUGCGUGGAUCGGUACAUCGAGGCCACUGGUAUCGUCAGCCGAGCUCUUUUCCGCAAUCCACACUAGGUUUAACCGUCUGAAUCGAAGGUGAGUCCCUAUAGAAAGAAUCAUGAAGAUGGUUAGUUCUUCUUUUUUCAUGACAAACAUUUUUUACAUACUAGAUUAGGGUCAUAAAGAAUCAUUCUCCGAAUUAUAUUUACUUUCAAGUUUAUAAUUAUACUUGACAAAUGUAUACCGCAAAA